AUGUGUGUCUUCGAGCAUAACGCAAAAUUCGGUGUCAGAAUUAUCCAUUACGGUACUUGCGAAGAAGGAUAUCCGAUCUGUACCGAAGAAUACCAUCCGAUCUGCGGAUCCGACGGUAAAACCUACAUCAACUCAUGUUAUUACCAGUACGCAACAUUGUUGGACUCUACUUUAACAUUUGUCAAGGUGGGAGAAUGCGACGCAUUGGCUGUCGGUGAAGUUGUGAGGGUGUCGGGAAGUUACGCCGAUGAUGAUGAUUAUUCACUGGUGGUGAUUUGCGGUUCGGAUGAUUUGACGUAUUUCGGUGAAGAUGAGUUCGAGAGGGCGCGCGAAUCGGACAACAGUUUGACAGUCCAAUAUUACGACAUUUGCAUCCACGAGGCUAUAAACGUCGAUCACGUCCUCUGCGGUUCGGAUCUUCGUGUGUACUUGAGAUCGAAUUUCGCCGAGGCUCAAUCGAAGAAACCCGGUCUGCAGGAGGUGAAUUUCAGGAUGUGCAGAGGUCAGUUCGUGACAACGGGACCGGUGCUUCCACCUGAUGAUCGAAAAUAG